AUGCAGUUGUCGUCACCGAAUCAACCCUCGUCGUUGCAGCUGAAUCACCGCGCGCCGACCGAUCGCUCCCCCCGAACCUGGGACAAACAUACAGAUACCCAAUGGGUCGGGACCACGGCUAAUACCUGGCUCGCCAUGAGCCCCCCUUCUCCCAAGAAGAGCGGCAAUCCUCCACCGCGACAAAUCCGCUUUGUCGCAACCGACGGCCAGCCGCAAACCAAGCGCCGCCGGGUCAACGCCGCUUGUCUCACAUGUCGCCGGCGCAAGAUUCGAUGUUCAGGCGAGCAACCAGUUUGCAAGACAUGCUCUGAUUAUAAGCACACUUGUCUUGGAUAUACCGACUCGACCGCCCAUCUGCGAACACAGUCCGAUUCUACAACCCGUGCUCCGCCGAAUCUGUCCGGUCAGAAUGGAUCUAGUGAGCGUGUUACCCGGGCUGUCGAGAGUUGUUCUCCGGAGCCGGUCCGGACAACCGUAUCCAAGCCUGCGGUGGACAAGUCGCCUAAAGUGAAAGCGCCGGAUGGAAAGGAUGCCUCCAAUCGGGAACCAUCGCGAGUGAACAAAGAGCUGGAUACACAAGUGGCUAUUGACAGUCCACGGAGCAGAGGGACAUCUGUGAGCUCAGGGAAUCGCACCCAUGUCCCAUACUUUCGAUACUUUGGACCGACAGCGAUCGUGCCCGGCUUUAAGCAAAUGGUCGUACAAGUUCGAGGCUCUCGCAAGAGUAAUGCUUCCGUGUCUUCCGAUUCUCUUUCUCCUCUUCGGAGCCCCAAGCCUUCCGGUAUCACAAUUGGACCCUCGGCCCCGAUAGCAGAGAACCUUGAUAAUCGCGACGCAAAUACGAUCCCGUUCUACGACCGAGAUGAUACGCUGCCUGUUUCGAACCUUGUGUCCCAUUUAUGCGAUCUCUUCUUCGCCCAUUUGGGUUGCAGUUUUCCGUUCCUACAGCGCGACAGAUUCCUUCAAGACCUCAAAGACAAAAGAGUUGAUACCAUGUUGGUAGAUGCGGUGUGUGCACUGGCUGCAAGAUUCUCACCACACCCAUUACUUGGACCACCGCAGGCCCAGCCUAUCGAUAAUUCGCAGCCACCACUAGACGACAAAAAAUGGGACCGGGGUCUUCCCUUUGGUCACCGAGCAAUGAGCGCCUUGGUGGAUUCAUUGCCUUGUCCGACUCUUUCCGCCGUCCAAGCUUGCCUAUUACUGGCAUAUGAACAGUUUGGGUCGAAUCAUGAUAGUGGCCUGUGGAUGUAUCUCGGGAUAUCGAUUCGGAUGGCUCAGGACCUUGGUUUGCAAAAGUUCCAAGGCCUAAAACACAGCUAUGGCCAGAGAGGAGUCACACCAAGCGAAGUUAUGACCGGACAUGCUGGGAAAUUAAGGGAAGAUCAAUACGAUGACCUUGAUGUGCACCAUACUCCGAAGACGACGCCAAAGCCUCUGAGUUCGGAACGGGCUCGAGAACGGGAACGUGUUGAUUCGUUCUGGAGUAUCUUCUUCCUGGACAGAGUAAUCUCGUCGGGCACCGGACGACCGGUGACAUUACGCGAUGAGGAUAUUGAGCUCUGCUUUCCUCUUCAAUCUGAAUCUCAACUACCGAACGGGUGGCCUGCACCGUUCCCGCCGCUUAUCCGUAUCAUUCACCUCUACGGGCGAGUGACCGAUCUUAUCAACGGGAUUCAGGAUGUUAAGCGCGUCACACCGGAUACCCUCAAGAUGCUUGCUGGGAUGGAAAGCGACCUUACUGGUAUCUACCAACGUCUAUCUCCACGGCUUUAUUUCAACGCGGCCAAUUUCCAGGCCUAUGUCAAGGCCAAGGAAGGGACUAAUUUCAUCCUUCUUCACUUCUGGUUCCACACGCUUAUCGUCCUGCUGCACCAGCCGACACUUUUGAACUCCUUCGGCGGGACAAUCCAACAUCUCUACCCCAACAGUCGAGAACUGUCCAUGUCAUCGGCCAAGACCAUCGCGGAUAUUCUUUCUUUCUCAGAGCUCAUCGAUGGUAAAAGUUUUAUUGGUAACCCCUUUACGAGUCAGCCGAUGUACAUUGCGGCUUGUGCGUUCCUCAUGGAGAGUGCAUAUUACACAUCUCCUUCGUCGAACUCUGGCUCGCCUCCACCGCAACCAUUAUUGACGAACCAGUCCAGCGGAUUUGUGAUGCCUACCAUGGAAUCAUCCAAUGGAACAGAAAGAAAGUCCACUCAAAAGCAUAUCCUGCUAGCUUCUGCUGCCAAGGAGAACUAUCAACGAUGCUACAAGGCCCUGAAAGCACUUAAUACGUACUGGGAAGGUACAGGAUAUAUACUGACAGUACUGGAUCAGAAGGCCAAGGGAAUCGUCGAUCCUCUCCUUUAUACCGUGGAAGAUAUGGAGAACGCCGAUGGGUUCGCUCCAGGACAGCCUCUCGGGUCGGGGCCUUGGCGGGCAGGCAAAACGUCGGCAGAUUCUAGCUUUGAUCCGGAAAGAGCAGGCUUGGCUGACAUCUCAUCGGAUGAAAGGCGGUCACCACUUAUUGAUCCAAGUCAAGCAAUCGGAUGGGCGCUUGCAGGAGCCACGGGCUCUGCUCAGCCAAAUUUGAGCUUGCUUUAUCAGAUGCCCACGACUCAGAAUGAACAUCCUCCCAAUAAGCAAACAUACUCAUCCCGAUACAGCCACAGCUACCCUAUCCUCUCUCCAAAUGCCGGAGAAGGGCCCAGCUCCUAUGCCCGACCUCUCGCCCAACCGCAGGGCCUUGAAAAGCACACAUCAACCCUCACAACACCGAACCCCAAAUACUCGCAUGUUCCAUCCCCAAGCCUCGGCAAUGAACCCUACUAUAUGAACAUGGAUCCGUCAUACCCAGAAUCAAGCACUCAAACAGCAAGACCGCUCUUCCCCAACCUCCCAUCGUCCCAAAUGGAACCACAACCCUCCUACAACUACUCCAUACCUCCCACGACCGCAGAACACCCAAGCAGAAAUCACAUGGGCUCUCGCGGCCCUGAUCUCCCUCCGACGAUGAAUACGGAUAACGGGAUGAUGAUUGGAACGCACGACGUUGAUAUGAACUCCCUCCAUCACCAGGACUCAUUCCCUUUUGCAAAUGGCGAGAUUAUACCCUGGCUGGAGUAUCUCCCACAAGAUGUCCUCAGCUUCUUUGGCGAUCAUCAAAAUUAUCCCCUCAUGAGCCCUGACGACGCGACACCACGACCUCCGUAA